UGCGUAACCCACGGUCAGCGACGGCGGCCGGGAGGCGGAAGUGGAAGUUGUUGUGGCUCUGUGAGCUCUGCGAGGAGCUGCUGCUGCUGAGGCGGCGGCGGCGCUGCCGGCUCCUGGGUGUUCCGCCCCUCGUCUCGCCUCCCAGCCUUUCCUGAGCCAGCCGGGGACCCGCGCCGGCCAGCGCCUGCCCUAUGAGUGUGUCACUUGUUGUCAUCCGAUUGGAGCUCGCGGAACACUCGCCCGUCCCUGCCGGCUUCGGCUUCAGCGCCGCGGCAGGGGAAAUGUCUGAUGAGGAGAUCAAAAAGACAACACUAGCUUCAGCUGUAGCCUGUUUAGAAGGGAAGUCACCAGGUGAGAAAGCAGCAAUUAUCCAUCAGCAUCUCGGCCGUCGAGAAAUGACAGAUGUGAUCAUUGAGACAAUGAAGUCCAUCCCAGAUGAACUAAAAACUACAGUGGAAGAAAGAAAGUCCUCAGAAGCAUCCCCCACAGCCCAAAGAAGUAAAGAUCACAGUAAGGAAUGCAUAAAUGCUGCCCCCGAUUCUCCAUCCAAACAGCUUCCAGACCAGAUUUCAUUCUUCAGUGGAAAUCCAUCAGUUGAAAUAGUUCAUGGUAUUAUGCACCUAUAUAAGACAAAUAAGAUGACCUCCUUAAAAGAAGACGUGAGGCGCAGUGCCAUGCUGUGUAUUCUCACAGUCCCUGCUGCAAUGACUAGUCAUGACCUUAUGAAGUUUGUCGCCCCAUUUAACGAAGUAAUUGAACAAAUGAAAAUCAUCAGAGACUCUACUCCCAACCAAUAUAUGGUGCUGAUAAAGUUUAGUGCACAGGCUGAUGCGGAUAGUUUUUAUAUGGCAUGCAAUGGCCGCCAGUUCAACUCAAUAGAAGAUGAUGUUUGCCAGUUAGUGUAUGUGGAAAGAGCUGAAGUGCUGAAAUCUGAAGAUGGCGCCAGCCUCCCGGUGAUGGACUUGACUGAGCUCCCCAAGUGCACGGUGUGUCUGGAGCGCAUGGAUGAGUCUGUGAAUGGCAUCCUCACAACAUUGUGUAACCACAGCUUCCACAGCCAGUGUCUACAGCGCUGGGACGACACAACGUGUCCUGUUUGCCGGUACUGUCAAACGCCCGAGCCAGUAGAAGAAAAUAAGUGUUUUGAGUGUGGUGUUCAGGAAAACCUUUGGAUUUGUUUAAUAUGUGGCCACAUAGGAUGUGGACGGUAUGUAAGUCGACAUGCUUAUAAGCACUUUGAGGAAACGCAGCACACAUAUGCCAUGCAGCUUACCAACCAUCGAGUCUGGGACUAUGCUGGAGAUAACUAUGUUCAUCGACUCGUUGCAAGUAAAACAGAUGGGAAAAUAGUACAAUAUGAAUGUGAGGGGGAUACUUGCCAGGAAGAGAAAAUAGAUGCCUUACAGUUAGAGUAUUCAUAUUUACUAACAAGCCAGCUGGAAUCUCAGCGAAUCUACUGGGAAAACAAGAUAGUUCGGAUAGAGAAGGACACAGCAGAGGAAAUUAACAACAUGAAGACCAAGUUUAAAGAAACAAUUGAGAAAUGUGAUAAUCUGGAGCAUAAACUAAAUGAUCUCUUAAAAGAAAAGCAGUCUGUGGAAAGAAAGUGCACUCAGCUAAACACGAAAGUGGCCAAACUCACCAGUGAGCUCAGAGAGGAGCAGGAAAUGAACAAGUGUUUGCGAGCCAACCAAGUCCUCCUGCAGAACAAGCUAAAGGAGGAGGAGAAGUUGUUGAAGGAGACCUGCGACCAAAAAGAUCUGCAGAUCACCGAGAUCCAGGAGCAGCUUCGUGAUGUCAUGUUCUACCUGGAGACACAGCAGAAGAUCAACCAUCUGCCUGCUGAGGCCCGGCAGGAAAUCCAGGAGGGACAGAUCAACAUCCCCAUGGCCUCAGCCUCAAGUCCCGCCUCUUCUGGGGGCAGUGGGAAAUUGCCCUCCAGGAAGGGCCGCAGCAAGAGGGGCAAGUGACCUUCAAAGCAACAAACAUCCCCGAGACUGUUCUCCCUGGCACCAUGAGGGCGUGCUGGGCUCUAAUAAGUACAAAUGAGGAUCAAGCCACAGGCUUGUUUGGCUCUUUGAUUUGCUAGUGUGUGAUGUAGUGAAUGUAGAGGAUACUGACCGGGAGAGCUGAUGGAAAGAGGCUGUGUUUGAAAAGGUCUUAAGAGUUCAUUAACCUCAGACAUUCUAAUGACCAUUUUGCCUUCUUGCUUGGUAGAAGCCCCAGCUCUGUUGUGCAUUUUUCCAUUGUAUUUAUGGAGUUGGUGCAUUUGACAUUCAGUUCUGGGGUAGGUUUAAGUUGUUAUUUCUUAUAACCUCAAAGGUAAGGUUAUCUAGCACUAAAGCACCAGACCUCUCUGAGGUCAUAGCAGCUGCUUUAAAGAGAGGUUUCCAUUGGCUGCUGAGAAGUUAUGAAAAUUCCCUAGCAAUAGUGUCAUAUCAUUAUCAUCUCUCCCUUCCUCUGGGGAGUGGAAGAAUUGCUUGAAUGUUAUCUGAAAAGAGGCCUGGUAGUAAACCAGGCCCUGGCUCUUUACCAGCAGUCAUCUCUUCUUGCUCUGGGGCUAGCCAGGAAAAACAAACAGCCUGGGGCACAUUGGGUAGACUAAGUGUAGGAAAAAUGGUGGCAGCUCCACUGUUUAUUUUUGGUGACUUCAUACGUCAUUAUCAACCUCAAUUAAAGAGGAGGCUUAAUGGCUGUUCCCAAACUCAAAUCUCAAAGUGGAUAUCCUAGCAUCUAGCAAGAAUAAGUGGGGGAGAUUUCUCAUCUGUGUGAAAAUGUAGAGUGAGGCCUCUGACUAGCUAAUUGUGUAUUUUGCUGGGUGCAGUAUUUUCUAAAUGUUUACAAAAGAUUGGGCUGCAUGUUCAGGUUGCAGCUAGAGGGAGUUUGGGCACAUUUUCAAUUACACUUUCAAGAUAUAACCAAAGGCUGUUUCUAAAUCCCAAAAUUAGAAUUUCAACAGAGCCCCCUUUAAAGAGUCAUGUAACGCUUGUGUGGGCCAACAGAGGGGCUUUGUACUCUCUCUGGAACCAUAAAUGUCAAAUAAUUCAUAACCUGUAGUAACUGAGCAAACUUAAAAUGAGACCUGUGUUGGAAUUUAGUUUCUUGAAGAGGUAGAAGGAUAAUUAGUAAGAUGUAUUGUUAAAUGAUGGGAUUUGGUUUUUGCUUUGUAAUUAGCCAAAGGUUUUCAAAUGAUCACAUUUCAGAAUAGGUUUUAACCCUCAUCCCCUCUGACGUAAAUCUUUUUUUCUUUUCUUUUUUUGAGGUAGAGUUUUGCUCUUGUUGCCCAUGCUGUAGGCUGGAGUGCAGUGGCAUGAUAUCAGCUCACUGCAACCUCUGCCUCCCAGGUUCAAGCGAUUCUCCUGCCUCAGCCUCCCGAGUAGCUGGGAUUACAGGCAUGCACCACCAUUUCUGGCUAUUUUUUUAUAUUUUUAGUAGAGAUAGGGUUUCACCAUGUUGGCCAGGCUGGUCUCAAACUCCGGACCUCAGGUGAUCCACCCACCUUGGGCUCCCAGAGUGCUGGGAUUACAGGCAUGAGCCACUGCUCCCAGCCCCUAAAUGUCUCACAUGUUACUUGUUAGCACAUCAACUGUAUCAAUAAUCACCAUCUAUGUUUGUGGGAUGUGCUGCAGCAUUUCCCAAAAAACUUUUCCUGUAAUGUUGCAAAAUGAAUGUACUCAGACUUUUUUUUUUAAACCGGGUUUCACCAUGUUGGUCAGGCUGGUCUUGAACUCCCGACCUCAGGUGAUCUGCCUGCCUUGGCCUCCAAAGUGCUUGGAUUAUAGGCGUGAGACACCACACCCGGCUGACAUUCUUAAUUUUUACUUAAGGCAGACCAACUCUUUGAGUCUCUCUUGGACUUAUAUGUACCGAUACCUUAAAGCUAGAGUGGGAAUGUAAAGCAUAACCUAAUUCUCUUUCCUAUAGAGAUUCUAUUUUAUUUAAAAUCUAUUUUUACACUAGUUAGAAUCCUGCUGUUUUGGCCAAGUACUUGUCUUGCAUGUCUGACCUUGUAGAAGCUGGGGUGGAUCACAGCAUACUAAUGAAGAGAAUUAGAAGUGGUUUACAAAGCUCGCUCACUCCUCAUUUCUCUGUGAUUCCCUUUAUCCAGUGGCCCCACCACCACCUGGGAAAACAGAUUUUUCAGCAUAGGUGGGAUAAAUGCUCUGAAAGGCUGUGCCCAGAGGAAUGGGCAAAUAGGCAAAUGUUUCCAAACUGCUUGAAGAUUUGAAAAAAAAAAAAUGUUCCUUUGCAGGUGGACACUGGAAAAAAAAAAAACAUACAUAUAUGUGUGUGUGUGUGUGUGUGUGUGUGUGUGUGUGUGUGUGCGCUUUCCAGGAAAAAAAAAAUCUUACCAAGAUAUGUAAAGAAAAUGUGAGGGGUUUUUUUUGUUUUUUUUUUUUUUUUGAGACGGAGUUUUACUCUUGUUACCCAGGCUGGAAAGCAAUGGCGCGAUCUCGGCUCACCACAACCCCUGCCUCCUGGGUUCAGGCAAUUCUCCGGCCUCGCCCUCCUUAGUAGCUGGGAUUACAGGCACGCACCACCAUGCCCAGCUAAUUUUUUGUAUUUUUAGUAGAGACGGGGUUUCACCAUGUUGACCAGGAUGGUCUCGAUCUCUUGACCUCGUGAUCCACCCACCUCGGCCUCCCAAAGUGCUGGGAUUACAGGCUUGAGCCACUGCACCCGGCCUAGUUUUUUGUUUUUUUUUUUAAGUCAGAGUCAUGUUUGAAUUUGACAAAAUCACAUCAGACAGAAGCUGUGUUUUCUUCAGGAUGGCAAUGAACCACUUAAUAUACCCAUACUACCUUGAACAAUGAAAUUGAAUUAAAAUAGCCAGACUUUGAAAUUA